AUGUCUCUGGCAUGGUCGCCUCGCCCUCGCCAAGCCAGCUUCGAUUAUCACUCUCGGCGGAUACCGACAUGGCGAAAGCCUCUGCGUCAACGAGACAGCCUGGUGCAGUUCACAAAGGAUAUUUCUCAGGAUGGAUCCGUGCGAAACUGGGAAGACGUGUUGGCGCUGUUGGCUAUGUUGCCGUCCCUUCGACUUCGGCCAGAUGAGGUGUUCUUCGGAGCGGCUCUGGGCCGGCUCGGCAAGGAGAGGCAAUGGCACUUUGCGCUGACCACCCUCGAGUCCAUGACUGUUUCUGAGAGCUUGCAGCCCAAUCUCAUCACUUGCAGUGCAACAGUGGCAGCAUGCGCCAAAGCUCUGAAGUGGUUCCGGGCUUGCGCCAUCCUGGCCCACAUGAAAAAAGACCGCAGCAUCGAGACCAACACCAUCGCUUUCGAUUCGGCGAUCACUGCCUGUGGCGGCCGCAGCGGUAGCUGGGCACAAGCGGUUCACGUCUACGACAUCCUGAGGGUGCAGGGUCUGGCACCGAUCAGCAUGACCUACAACUCUGCCAUCAGUGCCUUCGAGUAUCGCCAGCAUUGGCAAAGAGGGCUCGAGUUUUUGCAGGAGCUCUUCGCACACCGCCCCGGCAAGCGCAUUGCCGCGAACGUGGUCAGCUUCAAUGCUGCUCUCGCUUGCUGCCGCAAGGUGUCACAGUGGCAGUGGGGCCUGCACCUUUGGAAGGGCGUGCGAAGGCAUCUGGAAAUCGACGCUCCUCACCUCAGAGAGGACAAAUCGGCGGAUGACGUGACUUAUGGAUGCGCAGUCAGCGCCUGCGAUCAUGGCUGGCAGUGGCAGUGGGGCCUGAAGCUGCUUUGUGAGGCCGUCUCUGCUGGACUCCGCCUGGGCAUACCCACCAUGAACUCGGCAAUCAGUGCUUCCGCGAAAAGCAAGAAGUGGCACACGUGCCUGGCACUUCUUCGUGAAAUGCCGAGUGAAAGACUUGCUCCUACAAGGGUGAGCUUCACAACUGCCUUGGGCGCAUUCAGUGGCCCCGGCAUGACCCGGUCGAAGAGUAGCCUGGUGUUGGAGCUGUUGAUGGAGAUGAUCGAGCAGAAGAUCCAGCCCAAUGCUCUUGGGUUGGAUAUCGCAACUCAAGCGGCUGAGGCAUCCGCCUUCUACUCCCUGGCACCUGGUUUGGUGGCCCAGACACGCCUCGCUGGUGCUGCAGCAUGCGAAGCAACUGAAGACACGUUCGAGGAGGAGGACCGGCAUGGAGAACACUCGGGCUUUGCGAUUGUUGCUGCGGAUUCCUUGGAGUGGCAUGGGCUGUUGGAUGAGCGCUUCAAGGCGUCGCUGCAGCGGAGGCUCUGCAGAGCAUCAGCCAGGAGGCUCCGGGAGCUUUGCCUGCAGCCGACUGGCCAGUCGGACCCUUUGCUGCGCGAGCCGGUCUUGGAGCGGCAAAGCAGUUUGGGCGACGCGCUCACCGCCGCAGUACUGCAACAGCUGGACUUUCGGAGCAGCCCUGACUGGCUGCCGCUGGCUAGGAGGAGCAGCCUUUCUUGCAUCGCCGCAGCCGCCGGCGAGGAGGAUGUGACGAAGGCUGCUGAUGGGGAGCUCAUCUCCUCCGCCAUUGAUGCAUGGUGCGCGUCCUCGCUGGAGCCCUGGCAGCGUAAGGUGCCGGGAGCCGGGCGCGUCGUCGGCGCCGAGUGCUUCGAGGUCGCUACUGCUGCAGCCCCUGCGGCCGCAGCAGCCCUGCGUCCCAUCUUCAUGGUGCACGACCGGUCGAACCAUGCAGAGCGCGGUGCUCUCCUGCAGCUGUUGAGACUCCUCGCCCAGGAGGCUUCCCUGGCGGCCCUCAAGCUCGAGAUUGCGGAAGCAUCUUCGACGUUGGAGGCUGCGCAGCAAGAGACCCUGCUGUGGAAGCAGAGGGCAGAGAUUCUUUUGGGCAGACGCAAGGCGGCCAUGGCAGUAGCAUCUCGCUGGCAUGGUGCCGAUGCCGCAUGGGACUGGCUGAUGGAGCAGGGACAGGGGCCGCAGGAGCUGCAGGACCUGCCCGAAGGCACGGAACUUCGCCUGCAGAACCGGGAGCUCUGCCUGUCGCUGCGCCAGUUCAAGCAGGAUUGCGAGUCGCUGGAGGCCGAAAACCUCAGCCUGAAGGAGGCAUUGGCUUGCAUGGAGGAUGACCUGCACAGGGUGUCGGACCAGCAUGCUCAGUUGGUGGGCCACGUGAACCACCGUCAAAAAAUCCGCUACACGAUGAAGCUGAAGGAGGAAAUCAACCGUUUGCACGGUGAUCUCAAGAAGGCGCGGCAGCGAAUCGUGCAGCUGGAAGUGAACAAGGAGAGUGACAGCCUUUUCGAGGAGGCUGUCAAGCUUACUCCUCGAAGUACGGACGCUGUCAGCAUCUACCCUGCCAAGGUUCCGGAGCCUUUCCAGGUUUUGCAGGGUUCAUGGUGCACAGAAGCAGAUUUACAAACGAUGGGCACGAUUGUCGGCACGGCCAUCAUUUGGGACAAGGUCUUCAACCUCGACCAGUCAUCACUGAGGGUGAAUGCCGACGGGGAGUUUGAGAUGUCUCUGAGCGGGACAAUUCACAAGGCAGGGACGCGAGACUUGACGCUAAUCGUGGGCGGCUUCUGUGGAGAAGUUGCGAGCCGUGAAGACGACCAGGUGCGCUUGGCUGAAGCAGAGCAGCUGUGCAUGCUGCAGCAGAGCGCGCUGGACCGGAUCAGCAUGGACUUCCAGCACUUGAAAGCAACAUGGCAGCAACAGCAGGGUGUUCGAUCGGCUCUUGAACGCUGUGCCAUCUCGUACGCCCUCAUUGAGCGAGCUGGGCUGUGCAGCUUGCAGAUGCCGAGCGCCGCCAUGGUCGCAGCCUCGUUAAACGGUGAGGGACCUCUUCGCGUUGCAGACACCCGUGUGAGGCGUGAAAUCAUCGCGGCUAAUCACCGGAAUCCAUCUUCCGGAGGAAGUACCGAUGACCUUGGAAGACUGCCCGUGGCCGCCACAUCCGUGCGCCCUGAUGUAGACUUUCGACAACAGCGGGUCAGGAGCGGGGGACUGUCGACAUUCUGCGCAGCCGUCAUCGUCUGGCAGACCGUGAACUUCAAGAAGAGGCUUACGUGCAUCUCUUGUGGGGCCCGGAAGCCGGAUGGGGCGAACAGGCCCUUGGAUGAUUGGCGAGACGGGGAGAAGACAAGCACAGGUCCUUGGACCUGCGACGCGUGCGGAACCAAGAAUGAAGGCGGAGCUAUGUACUGCAUGCAGUGCAAGAUGCCGUCUCCGGACAUGAAGCGAGCCAUUGAAGAGGAGAAGGCUCAGAGAGCUAUGGAUGAAGGCAGGGGUGGCGGCUUGUUUGAUCGUCAAGACCCGAAUGAUAGAAACGACUGGGACAGCGGAGAUGAAGAAGUGGACGAGUUUGGGCGCCGCAAGAAAAAGAGUGCCGCCGCGAAGCCUGCGAAGCAGAAGGCAUCCAGCCAGCUAGCCGACAAGCACAAGGCAGCACUGGAAAGGCUGAAAAACAAGCACGCGGCCAGCAAGCGCGAUGAGAGCCCUGGCCCAGUCGAGAAAUCUGAGCCACCUCCUCCCAGAGAAUCCCGGCACAAUUGCAGAGUUGACGGAGUCGUGCUGGCGGUUCUUGUUGCAGGCGGCCUCUCGAUGAUCAGAUGGAGCUCGUCAGGUAUGGAUAUCGAACUUCUCAAGGCAGAAAUUGUCGAUGAUGUGGCUGUGGUGCGGCUUCUUGCUCCAGAGGGACAGUUUCCGUGGGGUACUCGCAUCUUCGAGCACCGCAUCAACCCCCUGCUGAUCCAGCAGGUGAAUGCGGCCUUGGAUGUGGCGGAGAGAAACUGCGUGAAUGCGCUCACAGUGAUAGGAGAUGGGCGUUUCUUCUGCAACGGCAUGGACCUGCAGUACAUCUCUGCAAAUGUGGCGGAGUCCACGAAGAUCCAAGCUGACGCUGAAAAGCUCAUGUCCCGAAUCCUCACAUUCGGCGUGCCGACAGUUGCUGCAAUCAAUGGGCACAUCACGGCGGGCGGGGCCAUGCUCGGACUGGCUUUCGACAAGCGCCUCAUGCCCGCUGACUCCCCAGGGCUUUUCUUCGUGCCCGGCAUCGACAUUGGCCUGGUGUACUCUGCUGGCAUGACGGAGUUGAUGAAAGCAAAGCUCCCUUCGACCAUGUGGAACGACACCCUCUGCAUGGGAAAGCGAUACCAGUCCGCGGAGCUCAAGGCAAACGGAGUAUUGGAGGAGACUCCGGCAGCCUCGGAGUUCUUCGACGUUGCUCUGCAGUUGGCCAAGUCCCUGAAGAGCAAGGGCAAAGAUCCAAAGACUCGCGAGACCAUGCAUGGCAUAAAGAACAAUCUCUACAAGGACGCCGUGGCACUGCUUGGGCAGAAGGUACAAGACAUGGGCUUUGCCGACGGAACCUUUGAUGCCACCGGCAGACCCCGCAAGUCUUAA